AUGAAGUUUGAAGGAAAGAAUCAUACUUAUUUGACAUUUUUUGUCAUCGCAAUGGCGUGUGCAUUUGACACCAGUUGUGUAGCUGCAAUGGUUGCGUUAAAUGAGAAUAUUCAAAAAGAAUUUUCAAUAUCUUAUACUAAAGCCACAUGGGGUCUAACAAGUUAUGCAAUCACAUUUGCUGGUUUUAUUGCAUUUUUUGGUAGAUUAGGUGAUAUUGCUGGGAACCAUUAUUUAUUCACCAUCUCAACUUUAUUCUUUUCAAUUUGUUCACUAUUAUGUGCAACAGUCCCAAAUUUUGAAGCAUUCGCAGUAUUCAGAGCAUUUCAAGGUAUAGCAGGUGCAGGAAUUGUACCCUCCAGUUAUGCACUUAUUCCAACUCUAUUUGAAGAUCCUGAAGUUAUGGGACAAUUUUUAUCCAUCCUAUCCAUUGUAUUUGCUGCUUUCUUUGGUAUCGGUUUUAUCUUAGGUGGUGCCUUUGCAAUGUCUAGUGAUGGCUACAAAGGUCUAUUUUAUUUGGUAUUUGCAGUUUUACUCUUAAUAUUUAUCAGUAGUUUCUGGUUGAUUCUACCAUUAGGUAAACAUCUAUCCCCCGAAGAUGAUUAUGAUGAAAGCAAUGGUUGGGCCGAAAAGAGACGUUUAAUUAAAUUACUUGAUUAUCCAGGUUCAUUCUUAUUUAUUGCAGGUAGUAUAUUUAUAGUUGUUGGACUGACAGAAGGUGGUGAAUCGUGGAAGAAGCCUGUAGCAUAUGUAUGUUUUAUCGUUGGUAUUGUCUUAUUGUGGGUUUUCUUCACAUACAACAUAUUUUUUUCAUCAUUUUUGGUGAGUUUGAAAUGGGCACAUUUGAAUAAAAUUUAUCACUAUAUGAGUACGAGACAAAUUUUAAUUCCUCAACAAGUUAUGAAUCUUCCAAAUUUCUGGCCUUCGAUGAUAACCUGUUUCUUAAAUUAUUGUUGUUUCCUUUCGAAUUUUUAUAUUAUCAAUCAAUAUAGUUUGUUUGAAGAAAAUAAUAGUUCUAUUAUAGCUGCAAUAAAAUUACUUCCAAUUGUUGUUGCUUUAGUUAUGUCAAAUUGUGUUUCUAUAUUCAUUCCACACUCUUUGAGUCCUAAAAGGGGUAUCAUUGUUGGGUUUGUUUUUAUGUUUGCAUCAUCUAUCAUUUUAAUUCAAAUUAAAGAAGUUCAAAAAGAUUUAUUUUGGAAGUUAUUUUUUGUGACAGGUUUGAUCUGUGGGUUUGGGUCGGGAUUAUAUUUCCCAUAUAUGUUACGCAUAACUGUCGGUGAGGCACCUUUAGAAUAUAAAGGUAUUACAUCUGGUAUAAUGCAAACAUUCGGUCAAUUUGGAUCUGAAGUUACUUUUUCAGUUUUAGCCUCUAUUCUAGGUGAGUUGACAGGAACGAAAGCAGACAUUAAAUCGAGAUUCCAAAAUACUACAUAUUUUUCAUUAGCAAGUAGUGCCUCUGGGUUAUUAAUUAGUGUUAUCUUUUUAAGAGAACCUAAAUCUACUGUUCAUGAAAUGAAAACUCAGGAUAGUGGUGUUUCGAUGAGUGAAGGUUACAACUCAGGAAGUGAUCAUAUAGAAGACCUGGAGAAAUGUGAAUCAAAAAUUUAA